UUCGCUCUUAGGCUAAUGCUAGCUUACGCGCUAGCAACUGUCGCGGCGCAACGGCGACUUUUUCCUACUUUAUUUACUUAUUUUCGUAUCUAAGGUGUUUCAGAUGUGUCUUGUUUCUCUAAUGACUAACGCAACAUUCAUGUGAAUCAGCCUCAGGCGGGCUAAAAAUACACACUCACCUCACUGGUUGAGCUGCUGGAGCUAAUGUUAGCUAACAUCGGCAGUUGCCAAGUUCUGUAACAUUAGCUUGCCAGUUGCAGUCUGUGAGAGCAGUUACAGCGGAAAAAUGGCCGAGGCAGUCGCAAAUGUGGCCCGCAGGAUUAAUGCAACUGUAGAGGAGGGCAAAGAUAGUUUGGACCUGUCAAACUGCAAGCUCAUUUCUUUCCCAGAAGGCGUGUUCAAGGUCCUGAGGAGCGUCUCAGGAAACAUUCAGUUUAUCACACUGGCUGACAAUGAGAUGAAGGCCAUUUCUAGCAAGUUCUUUUCGACUUUCACUCAGCUCAGAGAACUGGACCUGCGGGGAAAUGUUCUCACCAAACUGCCCGACGCUGUGGGAGAAAUGGAGCAUCUGACCAGCAUCAAUCUGGCUAAUAACAGCUUCUCGGACUUCCCUGAUAAGCUUACUGAAAUAGCCUCGCUGGAGAGGAUUGACCUGGAGGGAAACAGCAUCACCGAAAUACCGUUGGAGAAGUUGUCUGCCAUGCCAGCGCUGAAGUGGCUCAAUGUGAAAUCAAACCCUUUGGACUCAAACACUCAGGCAGCUCUUCAAUCUCCCCACAAGUUUGAGAUUUUGUCAACAACAGGAUCCUAAAAUGUAUCAUAAAAUAUACAUUUCAUCACCUGUAGACUGCAUGAUGUGUGCCUUUAACUGCUUGGGUUGGAUGCUUUUGUGUGCCUGAGAGGUGAGAGAAAAAUACUUGAAGGUAUCACAAAGCUGUACAAGAAACAGGAACAUGAAGAUGUGUCGAGAUGACGUCUUCAUUUUCAGUCCUGCUGGAAAUCACACCCUGCGGCCUUUGGAUUUUAGACAUUUGGACAUGAAAUCAAUCAUUCUUGAUAUGCAAUUUGACAUGUUUUCGUCUCAGAUUGUAUAUUUAUAAGGGCUUAUUUAUUGAUCUUGGUGGUAUAAUUAAAUAUGCUGAGAAAA